GUGAAGUGUCGCAAAGCGGGCGUCGGAGCGGAGUCGGGAGGCUACUGAGGCCGCGAUGGCAAGCGCCCCGUGGGCCGAGAUCCGCGAGAAGUUCCAGGCGGCGCUGGCCCUGUCCCGGGUGGAACUGCACAAGAACCCCGAGAAGGAGCCGUACAGGUCCAAGUACGGCGCCCGGGCGCUGCUGGAGGAGGUGAAGGCACUGCUGGGCCCGGCGCCCGACGACGAGGAGGAGCCGGCGGAGGACGCGCGGGGCGCGGGCGACCCCGCCCUGGGGCCGGCGGAGGCGCGGGAGGCCGAGGGUCCGGGCGCGCAGCGGGCGCUGUGGCUGGCGGUCAUCGAGUUCCACCUGGGCGUGAACCACAUCGACACGGAGGAGCUGUCGGCGGGCGAGGAGCACCUGGUCAAGUGCCUGCGGCUGCUGCGCCCCUUUCGGCUGUCACAAGGCUGCGUGUCGCUGUACAUCCAGGCGCAGAAUAACCUGGGAAUCUUGUGGUCUGAAAGAGAGGAAAUUGAAACUGCACAGGCUUACCUGGAGUCAUCAGAAGCGCUGUAUGAUCAGUACAUGAAAGAGAUUGGGAGUCCUCCUCUCGAUCCAGCUGAGCAUUUUCUCCCUGAAGAAGAGAAACUUAAUGAACAAGAAAGAUCCAAAAGAUUUGAGAAGGUUUAUACUCAUAACCUGUAUUACCUCGCUCAAGUCUACCAGCACAUGGAAAUGUUUGAGAAGGCUGCGCAUUACUGCCACAGCACACUGAAACGCCAGCUUGAGCACAAUGCCUACCAUCCCAUGGAGUGGGCUAUCAAUGCUGCCACCUUGUCACAGUUUUACAUCAACAAGCUCUGCUUUAUGGAGGCCAGGCACUGUUUGUCAGCUGCUAAUGUUAUUUUUGGUCAAAUUGGAAAAAUCCCAGCCACAGAAGACACUUCUGAAGCUGAAGGGGAUGUGCCAGAGCUUUAUCAUCAAAGAAAAGGGGAAAUAGCAAGAUGCUGGAUCAAGUACUGCUUGACUCUGAUGCAGAAUGCCCAGCUCGCCAUGCAGGACAACAUAGGAGAGCUGGAUCUUGACAAACAGUCGGAACUUAGAGCCUUGCGGAAAAAGGAGCUUGAUGAAGAAGAAAGCAUGAGGAAAAAAGCUGUGCAGUUUGGGACUGGGGAACUGUGCGAUGCCAUCUCUGCAGUUGAGGAGAAAGUGAGAUACUUGAGACCUCUAGAUUUUGAAGAAGCCAGGGAACUUUUCUUGCUGGGUCAACACUACGUGUUUGAGGCAAAAGAGUUCUUCCAGAUUGAUGGGUAUGUCACUGACCAUAUUGAAGUUGUCCAAGACCACAGUGCUCUGUUCAAGGUGCUCGCCUUCUUUGAGAGCGACAUGGAGAGACGGUGUAAGAUGCACAAACGCAGAAUAGCCAUGCUAGAGCCCCUCAUUGUGGACCUGAAUCCACAGUAUUAUCUGUUGGUCAACAGGCAGAUUCAGUUUGAAAUUGCACACGCUUACUAUGACAUGAUGGAUUUGAAGGUUGCCAUUGCCAACAAGCUCAGGGAUCCCGAUUCACACAUUGUGAAAAAGAUAAAUAGCCUGAAUAAGUCAGCGCUGAAAUACUACCAGCUCUUCCUAGACUCCCUGAGGGACCCAAAUAAAGUGUUCCCUGAGCAUAUCGGGGAAGACGUCCUCCGCCCCGCCAUGCUAGCUAAGUUCCGAGUAGCCCGUCUUUAUGGCAAAAUCAUCACUGCAGAUCCCAAGAAAGAGCUAGAAAAUUUGGCAACAUCGUUGGAACAUUACAGAUUUAUUGUUGAGUACUGUGAGGCUCACCCCAAGGCUGCCCAGGAAAUGGAAGUUGAGUUAGAGCUUAGUAAAGAGAUGGUCAGUUUGCUCCCAGCAAAAAUGGAGAGAUUCAGGACAAAGAUGGCCCUGACUUAACCCUUGUUUUAGAAGAAAGGAGAGAUGUAAGACUGAAGCAGUUCCCCUGUUCCACUAGUCAGCCAGGCCCUGUGCCCUUGUGACCGGCACAUCCAGAGCCUCAGAUGCAGUGAGGUACCCAAGUCCCUGCUAGGACCUUAAGCAAAGUGAAAUCAAUAAUUUAUACUUAAUUAUAUAAGUUGCCUUGCUAAAGUGACAUGUUCUGCAUUUUAGAUUGCUAGUUUUCCCAUUCAAAUAUAAACAUCUGCCUUGGAUUCUAAAUGUAGGUCCUCUGUUGACUAGUGUUAGUAGGUUUCAUACUAGGGAAAAUGCUGGGUAGUGCACCUGGAGAAGAGCCUGUUACUGUGUUGGCCUUUGAGAGUUACUUCCUGUAGUCAUUCUUUGUAAAAUACUUCCCAAAAUUCCCAAAGCAAUCUUUCCCUUUUAAAAAUAAUAACUAAGUAAAUUCAAAGUGUUGUAAAAUAGUUUAUUUCAAUUAUAGGGAGUCAAGGCCUUGCAAAGAAAAUAAACUGACUUGUUUCAGCUAAUAAAAUUUCUAUUAACCA